UUCUAAACAGUCAGAUUUAGUUUCUAUAAUGCAGAUAUAAAUAAUUGUUUUAAUUGUACUAGUUUGGAGUAAAAUUCUUAAUUUAAUCUGCAAGCUGUAUUACUGAUGCAGCAAAGUGAACCCAGCAGGAGAAAGGUGCUGAUGACGUACAUAGGUGAGUUGUAAAAAAUGAAAUAUUCAUGAAAACGCACGUGACAUCAUCAGGGCUUCAGGGUGUGAAUGGGGCAGCGCUGUUCACUUCUUCCCACAAAGACCACAUCUGAAACCGACGAUCAAUAAAUCAGCCGAUCAGUGCAUUGAACCUGGUCGUCACGUUUAACUGUUUAUGGAGAGGUAGAGCGCAGCUCGGACUGUACGUGAGCUUGUGCGUUGCGCGCCGCCUCAAGAGCAACGGGACAGUGGCCAAUAUGAUCCAGCGAGUCCAACUCAAGGAAAUAUUCCACCAGUGAGACUUUCACGCGUGAAAAUGAUUCGAGAGCGAAUGCUGAUCGGGAAGUGAAGAAAAUCCAGAGGUUUACGCGACAUUCGAGAGCGCAAAAGACCCGGAGAGUAACAAAGAAAGAAAGCAAGGCUGCGGGGAGGGAGAAUAGAUCUCUUAUGAUGAUGAUGAUGAUGAUGGCCUAGAAACAUCAGGCGUUUUUACUGCUUCUGCUUGACUGGAUCAUGAUAUGAUGGGGAUUUUACGCAUCGGGGUUUGUUAAUAAUAGUAAAGAAAGGGGAACCGCUGUCUUCGUUUGCGCACGAGUUUUACUUUUGUUGUAAUGCGAGGAUGAUUAUAAGACACUUAUUGCAGUCGGACGCGCGCUCUGCUACUCCAAAGUCACACCUAUGAGUAAGAAUAGCGCUUUUACGCAUUCAUGUGUGUGCGCACGUGUUGUCCCGUGACCGAUGGCAGUGGAAUCCGAGCGCAACGGCUAUGUGAGCACUUGUGUCAUUCAAGUGGAGCAAGAUUCGUGUCACUCAUGGUUGGCUUUGAUUUGGAGCGCGUGGAGCUGUAAGAGUCUCUCCUCCGCCGUGUGCGUCGGCUCGGUGUCCGUGUUCCUCGCUUUGCUCGUUCAGUCCGCGGACUGGGAUGCGGAGCGCACGCACGCACUCUCGGGAUCUCCUGCGCUAUAUUUAUUGACGCUCGUGGAGUUCGUGUGGCAGCUCGUCUCUCCGAUCUUCACACUAGUCUGUGCCUUCUUCUGGGUGGGUCUGUAUCUGCUCCGCUGCGGGGUGCUCAUCCGCACGGCCGUGUUUCUUCUCACCGUGUGCCAUCUGGGCGAAGCGGCUGCACAGUCGCUCUUGGAUGCGCAGCAGCUCUACUCGUUCACGGCCACCGCGCUGGUGCUGCUCGCCUGCCUGGCCAGCGGGGCGCUCAUGGUGGUGCGGCUGGGUCAGGGCAUCUCCGUCCUCGUCUUCAUCAGCAUCAUCAGGACCGUGUCGCUCCUGUCGCUGCAGAAGGUGCGCGCCAGCUGGAGACCCUACCUGGCGUACCUGCUCGGAGUGCUGGGGGUCCUUCUGGCGAGGUAUGCGGACAGGCUGCUCCCAGAUCAGGGCGCAUCACACCGGGAGGGAUCGAGGGGAGAUAUCCCAGUAUUUAAAAGGCGCAGGAGGUCCAGCUCUGUAGUCUCGUCGGAUAUGGCACAGCACGGACAGUCCAGGGGCAAAUCUCACAGGAGGACAUCGCUCCCCUGCCUACAGAGAGAGCAGAUGCUCCCUCAACAAGAAUGGGACCACAAAAGAGGCGCCCGCGGAUCUCAGUCUUCGGGCACCAGUGUGACGGUGGACAUCGCAGUGAUGGGCGAGGCCCACGGGAUGAUCUCAGAUCUGCUGGCAGACCCCUCCCUCCCCCCUAACACGUGCAGCACCCUGCGGGCGGUAAGCAACCUGCUCAGCACCCAGCUCACCUUCCAACCGCUGCACCACCGGCCGCGCCUCAGCCCCCUGCUAGCCUUCAGCGACGGUCACACCUGCUCUGACUCCGAGGAGGCGGUAGAGAAGGGAGAGAGACUGGCCAUCCCAAAGCGUUUAAGACGGAGUUUGCCUCCGGGGCUUUUGAGAAGGAUUUCUUCCACGUGGACCACCACCACAUCAGCCACAGGCCUUCCCACCCUCGAACCCGCGCCGGUCAGGCGAGACCGCAGUGCCAGCAUCAAAGCGCCUCAUGAUGGCUCUUCCAGCAGUUUGGUGAACAGUGAUUCAUGGAAUAAUGCUGUAACGCUCAACAUCUCCAAGAACAGGUCUAUGUCUGCGUCAUACACUGCCUCCACAACUAACCACAUCUAUAGCAAGAACCGAAGAGGUUUCCCUUCUUCCAACAUCUCGCCUCUGGCUUCACCCUGCCACUCUCCUCCAGUCCAGGGCACUCCGGUGAACAGCCCGACCACCAAGAGCCCGUCGGUGGAGCUGCCUGACACAGAGCUUCCGCAGGGAGACAGCCUCACGACACGGAGCUCCCACAAAGGCUUAACCCAUAGUCAGAGCGCUCCCAGCUCCAGUAGCACACACUGGGGACCGCCUCCACUCUGUAGCAGCUGUGGAAGACCGUACAGUAAGCUGAGACACCGCGACGGAUCAAUAGAUGCAGGAGAAAGAAACCAACAGUCAGAAGAAGCAGUGAUCGUAUCAUCAGACUAUGACUUCACCUAUGAGACCAACCACAGUGACACCAGCAACUUUGCACAGGAGGAGGAGGACGAGGAGGGUCACAGGAAACCCUUCAACGCCCCAGUCCCCUGCGGGACGUACCCGCCUCAGGCACUCGCACUGUCCACCCGUAUACCACCAGAGGAAAAACCCAUUCUGGCCCCGCAGCCGUUGGUGAUGGAGGGACUCGAACCCCUCAUGAGCCAGAUCAACAACUGGAACUUCCCCAUCUUCAGUCUGGUGGAGAAAACCAACGGCAGAUGUGGCUGCAUUCUCAGCCAGGUGUCCUACCGGCUGUUUGUUGAUACAGGACUGUUUGAGACAUUCAAGAUUCCAGUGAGAGAGUUUAUGAACUAUUUUCACGCUCUGGAGAACGGAUACAGAGACAUCCCAUAUCAUAACAGAAUUCAUGCAACAGACGUCCUCCAUGCUGUUUGGUACCUCACUACCCAGCCUGUGCCUGGUUUACCCACCCUGACCCGCGUUCAGGGGUCACUCUGUGAUUCGGACUGUGACAGCGGCCUGACUCAUGAACGCACAAAUUACCUGAUGUCCAACACGUAUCCUUUAGAGGAGGAGGACUACGGCUGUUUAUCCGGACUCAUCCCUGCCCUUGAACUCAUGGCUCUUUAUGUAGCAGCGGCCAUGCACGAUUACGACCACCCUGGACGGACAAACGCCUUCCUGGUGUCCACCAGCGCUCCACAGGCUGUGCUUUACAAUGAUCGCUCAGUGCUGGAGAACCACCACGCAGCCUCCGCCUGGAAUCUCUUCAUGUCACGGCCUGAGUACAACUUUCUGGUCAGCCUGGACCACAUGGAUUUCAAACGCUUCCGCUUCCUGGUCAUCGAGGCCAUCCUCGCCACCGAUCUGAAGAAGCACUUUGACUUUCUGGCUGAAUUUAAUGCCAAGGUGGGAGAUGACGGUUGCUCCGGUAUCGACUGGACCAAUGAGAAUGACCGACUCCUGGUGUGUCAGAUGUGCAUUAAGCUAGCGGACGUAAACGGUCCAUUAAAAUGCAAAGAACUUCAUCUGCAGUGGACGGAGGGCAUUGUCAAUGAGUUCUACGAGCAGGGUGACGAAGAAUCCAGCCUAGGCCUUCCCAUCAGCCCCUUCAUGGAUCGCUCGGCACCUCAGCUGGCCAAACUACAGGAGUCCUUCAUCACACACAUUGUAGGACCUCUGUGCAGCUCGUACGACUCUGCUGCCCUCAUGCCCGGCCGCUGGGUCGACCCUUUGCCCAAAGAGGGCAUGGAUGCUGAAGAAGAGACAGAUGACGAAGACGAUGACGAUGAGGACACACCGGAGGAAGACACCUCCACCAGUUCAGAACUGUCCCAGAAACCAGCACCCAAGAAACGCAGGAAAGUUUUCUGCCAGAUCACCCAUCACCUGCUGGAGAACCACGAGAUGUGGAAGAAAGUCAUUGCUGAAGAGUCUCAAUGCCAAACGGAAGAGGAGGAGUCCACGGGCCUCAGCAACACCCCCGAGCCGAUCGACGAAGAAGAGGAGGAGCCGGGAAGCAAAGAGGUGUCAAUAAAGGACCAGGAGCUGGACACUAUGGAGGAGGCGGAGCCAGGAGAGGAGGAAUGUCCUCCACCUGAAGAGACAAACGAAGAACAGGCGGAGGAAGCAGAUGCCGAGACUGUACAGGAACUGGAGGAUUCUCUGAAGUCAGACUCAGCAACCGUACAAGUAGAUGAAGAGCUGGUGGCAAAACAGGAGGAAACGGAAGAAGAAAAUACAGACGAGCAUCCACAAUGAAUCACUUGCCAUUUUUAGACUGGAACAUUGUCUGAAAGCUUUUUAUUGGCAAGCGAAACUCCUAGGAAAUGGUUGCCAGCACAUCACUUAGACACAACACUGUAGAUGCUUGGGGAACAUGUGCCUACAGGAAACAGGGUGGGGGGAUCGGGGUCUACAGAUGGAGAGUUUUAUUAACAAUGAUUUAUGGGAGGAUAGACACCAACGAAAUAAGGGUUUGCCAGGACAUUCUGGUGUUUCCUACGUUUUCUAGACAUUAGACAUCGGUCAGUUUUGGUUUCCGGCGAUUCCUCCCCAUCUGCACCUUAGUAGAGACCUGCCAACCCACACGAGUUCUCCCCAACAAGCAUUUCUGAGGGAACAAGAAAUCAAUCCACCGUGAGUCUCCUAGAGGGCAUUUCGCCUCACGUAUUCAUCCUCGACAAACGUAAAGAAACCUUCAGAAACAGCAUGCAUUCGUGAAAACGCUACAUAGUGAAGACAAAGAUAAACCACAUGUGUAACACUACAUUCCUGUGUCUGUGUCCUGCCAUUCUUUUCUUUUCGAGAGACUCUUCAAGGUCACAUUCCACGCCGUCCAUAGUCCAAACGCUUGCGUCCAUGUCCUCGUUCUGUUUCUGAAGGCGUUCUCUCCCCUUACCUGAUCAUUUGGCAUUCCACGAGUCAACGGACUGAGAUUUUCUGUUUCUCAGGAUCAGACUGUUUACUGAUAACUCCGUCAUUGGUUUUUACGGACUUUCUUGCAACUUUAUAAUCUUUGCGAUCUUGGUUCGUGACUUAAAGGGAAUCUUUGGUUCUUUUGUAAGGUGUGAUUUCUUCAAAUCAUUAAUGGCCUUUUUUAGCAAAGUAGCCCAAUCGUUGUUUUGAAAAUCGAGAUUUGAUAUAUAUACACACACACACACACACACACACACACACACACACACACACACAGAGCAGCGUUACUUAUUUGAGUGUAUUGCCUGAGAAGUUUUUAUUUUAAUGAUGAGGCAUGCAAUACUGCAUUAUUUCAUCCCUCUUGACAUAUCAUCCAUCAUUAUGUCAAAUGUUUCGGACAUUUCUUGCAUCUCUCUGUCUUUCUAAGCUUCUAUUCCUACAUUUACAUUUAAGCUUCUUAGCAAAUUUCAAUGAUCAAAGGCGCAGGCUGGAGCUCUCGGUCUGGAGGGAGGGGGCGACCGGAGAACCUCCAGCAUCCGAAUCGCCUUCAGUCGCAUGUCGAACAAGACCCGCGGUCAGCUCCUCACCCCCGUCUCUCUCUCAUGAACGCAUGCAAAGACCAUGUGCCGCACAUGAGAUAUGGCCGCCAGUCGACACGGCUGUCCGUGCUCGUCUUUGAUGUGCUGAAAGAGGCAGAUUGCCGGUGACGGUAGUUUAGGCAGAGGCUGGCGAGAUGAAACGCUUCUGCAGGCUUAAUCACCUCAUGUCCGACGUCUAAUCAGACCGAGUCCGAUGCCUUCGGUCUUUGUACCAUCACUUUGAAGGAGAGCCAAUUAAAAAUGUCUAGGUAGGAGGCAGCGGUCAUGUGCUUCACGUUUAUCUUUGAAAUGUCCCCUCUCGGUGCAGCCUUAAUAUUAUCAGGCAACGUGGUGCAAUGUAGUUCAGCGAAUUAUUUAAGCAAUACUGACCCUAUCUGUAGAGCGUUUCCGAUGCAUUUCCUUAGUUUGGCUGCCGUGUGAUGUCGCACGGCGUACGUGUGCGUGCCAAAUAUGACUUCAAAAUCAUUCUUGAACUUUCCCUAAAGUGUGUAACGCUGCUGCUUUGUAGAAGCCGGUUUUUAGCUGAUCUCAGUGGAGGAAAGAGAAUGCAAGAGCCAAGUGUGAAUGUGUUUUAUGUCAUUUUCUACUUAGCCUACAAUAUUGAAAUAUUGUAAGAAAUGUUAUUAAAUAUAUGAAUAAAAUCAACUUAAAUGGAAAUAAAACACAUAAAUGGGUCAAUGACGUAUAACGACCACUCAUCAUGUUGUGCGACCAAUAAUAUCAAUAAUUGUAUUACAUUAAAAAUACAACAUCUAAUCUAAUUUUUGUGGUUGAAAUAUGAUUCGCUGAGACAGUAUGCUUAAGUGAAUGGUAUUUUUAAAACAUUUUGUUAAUUUAAGAAGACAAAAUUAUAGAACAAAGGAGAAGCUUACUUACCAAAACUGAAAGAAAUGCAAAUACUUUGUUUCUAAACACUUUAAAUACUAAAGAUUUGUUAAAAACAUAUUAAGCAUGUCAAGGAAAUGAAAUAAUUUUAAGAUAAAUCACGGUCACACCACAUGACAUUUUUUAAGGUGAAUUAAAUAUUUCGAUAAAAAAACACUCAAUUUAAACAUUUUAAUUUGCAUUUAUGUGUACACCACAUUUUUAAUGUUUGAAUAACUGCAAUAGAUAUAAUUAUUUAUUUGUAUUUUAAAAUUGGCAUGUCGAAAAUCCUUAUACUUCAUUGACCCAAAUAGAUGAAUGAAUACAAAGUCGACAUGAAAUCAAAUUGGACCUUAAAAUUGAUCUUAUUGUGGAUAAUCUAUGUUAUUGUUGAUUCAUGUUAUUUAAAAAAAAGAAAAGCUUUUGUCACACAAUAUCAUGUUUUACUUCCUCUACCUGAGAAAUGAUUUUCCAUAUUUACAUCUUUGGUCAGGAACUGUGGAAUUAGCCAUUGGCUCUUUGUUUAAUAGGCUGAUUAGGGUUCAGGACUUUAUUGUUUCUGAUUCUGUAUGUGUGCAUGUGUGUGUGUUGGCAUGGCAGCAGUUUCUCCAUCCUCCACUGUGCCUCUCAUUGGUCUGUCUUGGACUCUGAAUAUUUUCCGAUCCUGUACGGCUCCCAGAUUCAUAAUUGUGUAUUUAUCACUAAAUCGUUCCUAACACACCACAUACCUUUAAAAAGUAAAAUACAGUCUGUACAGUUUAUCUGAAAAAUCUCAGCAGGUAUGCCACAAAUCCAUUACGCCGUACAUGAUAACGUGUGACGUUCUGUCUGAUGUGCCCGAUUCAUUCAUCCAUGGUCUUUUCCAUUUACUUUCACAAUAGCCUGUUUGACUCGCACAUCAAUUUCAAGGGGACAUGAGCACGUAAGGUUACACCUCAUCCGAGAAGAUUUUUGUUAUUUUCUCCUUAGUAUUUGCUGUUCUGUUGUCUUCAUCCGUACGGGCUUGACAGCCGGGCACUCGUUUCAUUCACCUUGGGAACCAAACAAGCUUUAUUCCUCUCUGAUAAAGAGAUACAAAACUUUUUUAUAUAGUUGGCACUUCACCGACGAAAUAAUUAUUUUUCUUCUCACUUGUAUCUUGCACUUAACACAUGUAGCAAUACCUAUAGAACGGGGAACUGUGUCAAUCACCAGUAUUCGUAAAUAUUCGUUUUAAUGCUGAUUGUUGUUCCAUUUUGUACAAAACGUGUACAGGAUAAAGAUGAAAUGAUAUAAAAACAACGCCAAAAAAAGGGACGAAGAGGAUUAAAGCGACAACGGAAGUCUUUUAGAUAAACAUUAUUUAUUUUUACUGUUUUGUAAUUUAGACACUAUACUGUAGCUCCUCUAUUGCCAGGCUUACUGGAAGUGCCUCUUGGUAUAAUGUAACAUACAGAAAAUAUAUAUUGAGAUUAUUAGAAUCUGUCACAAGAUGAACAUUGUGGAUGUUGUAAUGUGAAUACAGUUUAAUAAUAUGAUGGAAGUUCUGUGGUAUUGAAUGUGUCUGUGUUCCUCAUUUAUUUCUUUCCUGAAUGUUUGUGAUUCUUUGAUUUUAAAUCCAGACUAAAUCUGAAAGUCAUCCAACUCAAAAGAGGUCUGUUGGGGUCAAAUAUUUUUAAUUUGUAGCACUAACAAAGCUCUGGUAAGUCCCACACUUUCUUUAUGACAGGUCACAUUCCUCUUAAAUUAAACAGAAAUGUGCAUUGAAAUAGAAACAAAAGUUUUAUUAAAUUUACCAAGUGUUUGUAUCCACAACCUGUUAUGUUGUCUGCCGAAAUGAUGUUCAACUAGUGCUAUAAAACAUUGUUUAUAUGGCCAUUUAGCACAUUGUUUGUGUUUUUAAAGAACAUAAAGAAAGGACGCUUAUAUAAUUGGAUUAUGAAGAGGGCUUUAGGGACAAAACUCGUUACUAGCAGAUUUGUCUUAAACUGUAUCUUUUUUUAUGCUGACGGCCGCAAUGUUCUGUAUUAACCCUGUUCCUGGUGUUCACAUGCUGUUCCUGAAGCUUAUAUGUGUAAUUCAUACUUACAGAUCUUAAAGGAAAGAACCUCGUGUGACGUUUAAAUGCAGUACACCCCCAUCUCUAUAUCUCCCGAGGGAUCAAAGGUCAUGACCUAAGCAGCCCUUUAUUCUCUGUACACUUUUCACAGUUUGCAACAUGAGCUACGAGGCGACGACGAUUAUGAAAAAGCUCCAGAUUUGCUUGCAGGCACAGAAGGCAAAAAAGGCAAGUGACUUAUCUUCAUAAU